AUGCUAGGGAUAUACAGUGAGCAUGCAACGUUUGACUGUCCGUCGGGUGGAAAAUGCAAAGAAUUGUUGAAAAGCUAUGGGUUAGUAGAUGUUGACCGAGAGUAUAGCACCAGUACUAAUAGCUCACCACAAUCGGCACAAUCCGAUGAUAAUUAUUGCCAUGAAAUCGAUAUAUUGCUGGAAAACACAAUCAAUACGAGUGCCGAAGAGCUUAGGGAACAGAUCAGAGAUAUUGAAAACUAUGUGACAAACAAUAUAUUGAUCGCCAGCGAUAAACAGUUACCAAAAAUGCCAGUAAUUCCCGUAUUCCGGGAACUCAUCGAUUAUAAGGGUUUGAAUCAAUUAGAGUGCAAUCGGAUGCGGGAAUUGAUGACAGCAUCCGAUGUAUUCAAACGCUACAAAUUGGGCAAAAAUAUAGUGAAAAGCAAAGACAAGGAUGUGGUAACCAAAUUAUUUAUGCCCCGAACUGAGGCCCACAUCAGGGAUGUAAUAAAUUUCACCAAGGGCCUUAAAGCAUUUGUCAAUGUCUGCCCCGAUGAUCAGUUGGCCCUGAUUAAAUCUAGUUUUAUGGAGGUGUAUUUAUUGAGAUUUCUCACUUAUUACAAUCGAGAGAAACAAUAUUUUAUAGUGGAUAUGGAUCAAAAUACUUCGCUAUGGCUUGGUUUAGAGGAUUUUAAAUUUACCAUAUUUCUUGAUUAUGUAAAUAAUGUGUACCCGGAGUGGGAAAGGGACCCGAUCAUUCUGGAACUGUUAACUGCGAUUAUAAUAUUCAACCCAAAGCACCCCGAUCUUAGUCAUAGAGCUAGUAUUAAACUCGAACAACAAAUAUACAUAUAUUUAUUGCGCAAAUACUUACAAUUGAAAUGUCGGUCACAAUUUGAAUCGGAGCUGAGAUUACAAACGUUAAUGAAUUCAAUGACUGAUCUGAAGAUCGCCGGAGAUUUGCACAGAGAGGACGAGAUUAAUGAAUACCAUAAUUAUAAGCCAUAUUACGGACCACUACUUAAAGAGCUCUAUGGACUAUAAAGUUAUCUCAACAUGUUCAUUUUUGUAAAUUAAUUUAUCAUUUCAAAUAUGAUUAUUCUUUGUGA